AUGUCAAGCUCUAACACGACCCCCGCGGUGGCGCCGCCGCCUUAUACGUAUCAAUCGAUCCCUCAGGAUGAACAUCUGGCUGGCGAAGUCGACCCUGAUGACUUUAAGUUCGGUGUCACUGUUGAGCAGAGUGCGCCUGAGAUCCGCUCAAUGUUUGUGCGCAAGGUCUAUACCGUUCUCUUUUUCCAGAUCCUCGGCACGGCUAUGGUUGCAGGUGGUCUUAGUACCCAGAAGGCAGCUGCUUGGAUCCAGACCAACCCAUGGGUCAUGCUGGUGGCGUUGUUUGGCUCGAUGGGCUCUCUGGGCCUCGUCUACUGGAAGCGCUACAAUCAUCCCACAAAUUUGUACAUGCUGGGCCUUUUUACCACAUUUGAGGCUGUAUCGCUCGGUGCGCUUGUCAGCUUCCUCGACCAAGUCGUCGUGCUGAAAGCUGUCAUUAUCACCACGUUUGUGUUCCUGGGACUUACUCUUUUCACGCUGCAAUCGCAGUACGACUUUUCCUCGUUACAAACAUGGCUCUUUUGGGGUCUACUUGUGCUGCUGGGCACGGGCUUCGUCCAGAUGUUCUUCCCUUACAGCCACAUGUUCGAGCUUGUGUACUCUGCCGCUGGUUGUGUGAUCUUUAGUGGGUACGUGAUGUACGACACAUGGAUGAUUCAACGUCGUCUUUCGCCGGACGACUGGGUCCUCGCGAAUGUAUCGCUGUACUUGGACAUUGUGAACUUGUUCAUUUCCAUCCUGCGCUUGCUUAACGCUACGUCGGAAGAGUAA